UAUAAACUCCUAAAUCUAGGUUACAGAGAGUUGCUUAUAGUCGCUGCCGCCGUCCUUAGCCCGUCUCUUCAUCGCAGCAGCAGCGAACUCAACUUUCAGCCAUGGCUUCCGAGAAAAAGUUGUCAAACCCCAUGAGGGAGAUCAAGGUUCAAAAGUUAGUUCUUAACAUCUCUGUCGGUGAGAGCGGAGAUCGUCUCACCAGAGCCGCUAAGGUUUUGGAGCAAUUGAGCGGACAGACCCCAGUUUUCUCCAAGGCUAGGUACACUGUUCGUUCUUUUGGGAUCAGGCGUAAUGAGAAGAUUGCAUGCUAUGUUACUGUUAGAGGUGAGAAGGCAAUGCAGCUUUUGGAGAGUGGAUUGAAGGUGAAGGAGUAUGAGCUUCUAAGAAGGAAUUUCAGUGAUACUGGUUGCUUUGGAUUUGGUAUUCAGGAACAUAUUGAUCUUGGAAUCAAGUAUGAUCCUUCUACUGGUAUUUAUGGUAUGGAUUUCUAUGUGGUUUUGGAACGUCCUGGAUACCGUGUUGGACGUCGCCGUAGGUGCAAGGCUCGUGUUGGAAUCCAACACAGGGUUACAAAGGAGGACUCAAUGAAGUGGUUCCAAGUCAAAUAUGAGGGUGUUAUCCUCAAUAAGGCACACAAUGUUGGUAACUAAGUUUUUUGAAGAAUUAAUUGGGUUAUUUAGUUCCAUCUGAAUUUUGUUAAGUUAACUUGGUCUGGAUUUAGUUACUUUAUUUUGUUUUUGCUUUUUGAAAUUGAAAGACUUGGAGGUUGUAUUAUUAUUAUCAUCUUUAUAUUUUGAGAUUGAUUCAAGGUUUUUACAUAUUCUUUUGGUUUGUUCUUGA